AUAGAAUUAUUUGCAUUACUAUGCAAGUAGUCCAGGAAAUGAUGUCUAACAUGAAGUCUAGGGAAGAUGAUCUACUAAGUGCUGUGUUGCCAUUGCUGAAACUUCUCUCCCUCACACUUAUAGGACUACUUCUUGCUCACUCAAAAACACAAAUCAUUCCGAAGGCGACUUUCAAGCUACUCAGCAAGCUUGUAUUUGCCCUUUUCUUACCCUGCCUUAUCUUCAUUCACUUGGGUCAAUCCAUUACACUCAAGAACGUCACUCUCUGGUGGUUUAUCCCCGUUAAUGUAUUAGUCAGUACAUUGAUUGGUUGCAUCUUGGGGAUCUUAGUUGUGAUCAUAUGUAGACCACCUCCAGAGUUCACCAGAUUUACCAUUAUCAUGACUGCAUUCGGCAAUACUGGAAAUCUCCCUCUUGCAAUUGUUGGUUCUGUUUGUCAUAGUAAGGAUAAUUUCUUUGGACCUGAUUGCCAUCGGAAAGGGGUGGCUUAUGUAUCUUUUGCCCAGUGGGUUGCUGUAAUUCUUGUUUAUACCCUUGUGUACCACAUGAUGGAGCCUCCAUUGGAAUAUUACGAGGUUGUUGAAGAAGAAGGAAUAGAGAUCAAGGAAAAACAGCAGGGUGAUAAUGUUAGUAAGCCUCUUCUUGUAGAAGCUGAAUGGCCAGGUAUUGAAGAUAAAGAAAAUGAACAUUCCAAGACACCAUUUAUUGCUAAGAUCUUUAAAAGCAUCUCAAAUGCUUCACAAACCACUAUUCCCGACAUUGAUCACUCUGCGGAUGGAAACAGUCCCGAGUCCAUUAGGUGUUUGGCCGAACCUAGGGUGUUCAGGAAGAUCAGAAUUAUUGCUGAACAGACUCCAUUGCAGCACAUACUUCAACCCCCAAUAAUUGCUUCUCUGUUAGCCAUCAUUGUUGGGAUGGUGCCGCAGAUAAAAGCUUUUGUCUUUGGUUAUGAUGCUCCAUUGUCUUUCGUCACUGACAGUUUAGAGAUUUUAGGGGGUGCCAUGGUUCCCUCCGUCAUGCUUAUUCUUGGAGGCAUGCUAGCUGAGGGCCCGAAUGAGUCUAACCUUGGGUUUCGGACUACAAUUGGUGUUAUUGUGGCAAGACAGUUGAUGCUGCCUUUAUUGGGGAUUGGAAUUGUGGCCUUGGCUGAUAAAUUGCAAUUUCUAGUUCAUGGCGAUCAGAUGUACAGAUUUGUGCUUUUGUUGCAGUACACGACGCCAAGUGCUAUCUUAUUGGGAGCAAUUGCCAGCUUGAGAGGUUAUGCGGCUAGCGAGUCCUCAGCACUUCUCUUCUGGCAGCAUUUGGUUGCACUGUUAUCUCUUUCCUUGUAUGUUUUCAUCUACUUUAAAUUGCUCUGAUAGGUUUGGCGUUUGUCUGAAAUCUCUGUGGUGGUUAGCAUGAUGUCAAUAUUAUCAUUCCUAUCAAAAGAACUAUCUUAAAGUCCCCAGGGUCAUGUAGUAGCAUAUAAGUUCACUGAGAUCAAUGCUACCUCUUUGUUCAGUAUAGCAUAUUGCUUGAAUACGAUGGGCUGAUAUACUGCUUGAAGUGCUUUGCGGAGUUGUGCCAAGGGUUGAAAUUUUUUCUUCUUUUGUCCUUGCUUUCAGAAAAUUAAAUAUCUGGACUUUCUACAAGAUGUGCCCCAUCGCAUUUUGUAAGAUUGUUCAGGUACUUGGGUGUGCCAUGGACAUGAACUAGGCCGGUCAUUGUAAAGGUUUUGCCUGUUGUUUAAUCUUUCAAUUGUGCUUAUGAUAGAGUUUUGGCUUGGAUGCAUUACAUCCAAUUAGAAAAACCCUUAUACUUGUGUUGUAAUUAAU